GUGAGACCCACUCGAAGCGUAAGAGAUACACGAGCAAAUGAGCCAACAUCAGAAUGUGGCUGGCUGAAGUUUGGCAGGUGCGUUUAGAAGCCAAUGCUAUUGCUUGCGUUGUCUUGCAAAGGACCGGAAGAGCUAAUUCUCAAGCAUGUUGGAAAGAGUUUGGAGUAUUUGGGAACUGAAGCGAACAACAUCUCUCAACAUUGGACAAGACAGGCGUUCGGGUGGCCGAAGCGCCGAGCCGCCGCCAGGCCCAGGCUGGACGGUAUUUGUUUGCGCAGAGCAGAGCCUGCAUUAUCAUUACAGAUCCUGCCCGAUCACAGGUCAGCCCAACAUGAACACUUCAGGUUCCGAACGAUGGUAUGCGCAAGACAAUCGGAGCGCGUCUGUUCCGUGAUUCUGGGCCGCCGCGCUUCCAAAGGCCCAAGGAGCUGGUCUAUCCACGAUCCACUGCCAGCGUUGAAAGCACUCCCGGGUGCCCAUGAAGCCACGGUAAUAGAGGCGCGGCCAACUCUGCCCGCUCAAAGUCAAGGUCAUCUGACCUCUAUGGGAAUCUCUGUCCCCUCGCCAAUCAACCACUCGGGGGGCUUCCGCGGUCUUGGGCAGACAGGGUUGCCUGGCCGUCAGAAAGUCUUGCUUUUUGCUCAGGCAGGCUAUCUCGAGGAUUAGGUCUGUUUUCUGUAAGUGAGAAGAAGGUCAAAGCAAGGGUCUUCUCCAACGACAAAAAUCUGUGCCUGUGAGAGCAAAAAUAUGCCUUCCCCAAGCUUGUUUUCUUUCUUCUUUCUGUCAUCAACAAGCGUGCGAGCUGCAGCACACCAAACAGCACUCAUCCGAAAACCGCCGCAACCAUACACCCUCCUCGCUCUCCUUCCCAUCGAGUCUAAAUUUGGACCACACACUUUUGGGAGACUUCACGGGCAGCAGCAACUAUAGGCAGGCCCCGAGACAACCGAAACAUUAGGCGGGGGUGGAGGGGGGCAGGU